AUGACUCCGCCUCCCAGUACCAGUUUCUCCCCAUCAGACAUCCUCCCUGCAACUCUCUCUCGCCUGCUAGCCCUUUACCCAAACACUGCCCGCAACGUAUACCAGGCCAAGCUGGAAGCAAAAUCAAAGGCUUCUAAAAAUGACAUUGACGAGCAAGUCCGGUCAUUCGUAGACCUGGACAAUUGGCGCUACGAAGUCCUCCCCGCCACGUUAAAGCAUAGGGCAGAGGGACAAGGCCCGUCCAAAGCGAGGCCGGCGAAGCGCGUCAAGAAAGCGGCAGACGCUUCCGAUGAACUGCGCCUCAAGAAAGAUGAACUGGUGCAGCUGAUGGAAUGGAAACUAAAGCAUGGCUCCUUUAGGCCAGCGCUGAUGAACCUCAUCCGCUCAAACCCGGAGCCCGCGAUCUACACCGCAACCAGCAAUGCAGCUUCUUCCUUGCCAACAACUACCGUUGGCAGUGAUACUGAUGCCGAUGCUUUCUUCCCUUCCCUCAGCCUCGAGGUUCUCACCAAGUCCCUCCGCGGCGUGGGCCCUGCCACCGCAUCACUGAUCCUCUCCGCCAGCACCGCAGGCGGAAGCGCCAACCAAGUCCCCUUUUUCAGCGACGAGAUGUACUGGUGGCUGUGUUCGCACCGGUAUCCUUCACCAGCAAACCCUGCAGGACCAUUAAAGCCUCCGCCAAAGCUAAAGUACACUAUGAAGGAAUAUCGGGAGCUUUGGGGCUGUGCUCGGGAGCUUAAAGCACGCCUUGACAACCUGGAUGGUAAUCAUCUUUUUUCAAUGCAAGAUAUCGAAAAAGCCGCCUUUGUCAUCGGUCACUUCGAGUGUUCCGGCUAUGCUACUGCUGCUGCGAAUCCUGAUCCCAAAACCGCUUCUUCUAAAGCCGCCAAUGAGGGUGAGGAUAACGAGCAGCCUGUAAUUCAAGAAACUGAUGUUGGCAACAAGGAUGGAAAGCCAAAGAAGAGAAAAAGGAAGCACUGA